ACCAGAUCCAGGACUCAUGUCCAGCAAUCCAGACUGGGGUUAAGGAUUCACCUGAAGAAGGACACGCACGCGGUCAGCUGAAGAAACUCUCUUCGUCUCUUGUUUUCCUCCAUGUGAAGGAAAAGGCUGAGCGAUGAACGAGAGCGCAGCGCUCAAUGAGAGUGGCGUGGGUUCGCCACAGUCCUCGUGGCUGGAAGCCGAAGCCUUUGAUGCCAACCAGACUCUGGCGCUCUCAUCAGCGGCCCUCGAGUACCACGUCAACCCGUGGGACAUCAUGCUGUGCCUUUCUGGGACGGUGAUCGCCUGUGAGAAUGCCAUCGUGGUGGCCAUCAUCUUCUACACACCGACGCUUCGCAACCCUAUGUUCAUCCUGAUUGGCAGCCUGGCCACCGCUGACCUGUUAGCCGGCAUGGGAUUAAUCCUGAACUUCGCUUUCCAGUAUCUGGUCUCAUCUGAGACCAUCAGCCUCAUAACAGUCGGAUUCCUGGUGGCGUCCUUCACAGCGUCCAUCAGUAGCUUGCUAGCUAUUACGGUCGACCGCUACCUGUCGCUCUACAAUGCCUUGACGUACUUUUCAGAAAAGACGCUGCAUUAUGUGCAUCUGAUGCUGGUGGGAACAUGGGGUGCGUCGCUGGGAUUGGGACUGCUGCCCAUUUUGGGCUGGAACUGUUUGGAAGAUGCAUCCACCUGCAGCAUCGUGCGUCCGCUCAACCGCACCAACCUCACCGUCCUCGCCACGUCGUUUUUCGUCAUCUUCGCCCUCAUGCUCAGCCUGUACUUCAAGAUCUGUAAGAUAGUGUGUCACCACGCGCAUCAGAUCGCUCUGCAGCAGCACUUCUUCACCACCUCGCACUACAUGGCCACCAAGAAGGGCGUCUCCACGCUCGCCAUCAUCUUGGGCACGUUCGGCGCCAGCUGGCUGCCUUUCGCCAUUUACUGUCUGGUCGGGGAGCGCGAGUAUCCGUCGGUGUACACAUACGCCACGCUGCUCCCCGCCACCUACAACUCCAUGAUCAACCCCAUCAUCUACGCCUACCGCAACACUGAGAUCCAGCGCUCCAUCUACAUGCUCUUCUGCGGCUGCUUUCAGACCAAGGGCUCGUACCGAUCCAGAUCACCCAGCGAGGUGUAGAUCCUCUGUGCUUUUUGUAAACCCCUAUAAAGCCUGAGAUAUGCAACAAUAGUCUAGUUUUUGGAAAUGGAACAGUUUGUUGGACAUUAGUGUUUUUUGGUCACGGGUUCAAAUCCCGGACGAGCCCCCAAUUGGUAAAGAUGUGGCUAUAAAUAAUGGCUCAUAUAGUGAGAAUGUACGGGGAAAAUAACAAUUUCUUAGGUGUAAUGUAAACAAUUGAGAUCUUUAUAACUGUACAACAGACAACUAUCAUAAAGUUAUAUGAAUAUCAGUGGUCACACUAUAUCUCCAAUAAUAUUAUUAAGAUGAGAUUGAAAUUAUCCAAACGUAUAAUUCAAUGCAAUCUAAUGCUGAUUGAGAGAUUACGAAAUAAACGCUCCUCGGAAGAUCCUGAGGAUCAGAUUUGAGACAUGAUUGAUGGAGAAUCAAGUAAAGCUGAGAUAUGACUAAAGUUACUCAGAAGUAAUAAAAAUCAGCCAAGGUUUGACAGCAGAAAGAAACACCAGCUGAGGCUGGACAUUUGUACAAUUACACUAAAAGAGCUUUUACUGGAUGAAAAACUCGAAACUAUCAAUCAGACAGAAGGCAUUGCAUUUUGCUCAUGGUGGUCAGAAAUUUGCAUAUCAGUGGGCUUUAUAGGGUUAAAAUCUUGUUCAUGUCGCCUGUACUUGCAGAAGUAUGAAUACGGCACUCAUUUGCACUUUAAUGAGACCAGGGCGUCUCGACACGCUGUGAACAAGCAACAACUCGUAUCAAGAAUGUAUAUUUAUAUUAUUUAUAAGUGACAUGUGGCACUUUACUGUACAAAUCUAGACGCCAAAGCAGUAUUGUGUAGGCCUACGUGUUUGACAAUUUACUCAACUCAUGUGAUGGGUUUUAUAUUUUGUAAAGUUGCUCAUGACUGUAUAUUUUAUACAAAACAAUGAACAAAAAAUAAAAAAUGAAAA